AUGGCAGAGAAUGGCGCGACGCAAUACGGAGUCAGUCCGCCAAUCUCGACCGAUCCCCCGAAACCCCAGGAUCUCGCGCUGAGCGAAUCAUUGAUGGAAGAGCUGAAGGCACAAAACAACUUUGAGAGUCCCGAUGAAACGAAGAAGAGAGGAGACGUUCUUGCACGGCUACAGAAGCUACUUCAUCAACUGGUCCAGAUUGUUGGAAAGCAAAAGAAGUUGCCAAAUGAGAUCCUCAAAGAGUCGGGCGGGAAGAUCUUCACCUACGGCAGUUAUCGCCUAGGUGUAUAUGGACCGGGCUCGGAUAUCGACACUCUGAUGGUGGCUCCCAGACAUGUCACACGUGAAGACUUCUUUGAGCACAUGCCCACUCUAUUGAGGCAGGCCACAACCCCGGACGAGCUCACUGAACUCACGCCAGUCCCCGGAAUCACGGUACCCAUCAUCAAGCUCGAACUUUGCGGUGUCUCCAUCGAUCUCAUCUUCUCUGCUCUCGAUCGCGCAUCCGUGCCGAAAAAUCUCGAGCUUACCGACAACAACCUCCUUCGCGGACUGACAGAAGUCGAUCUGCGAUGCGUCAAUGGAACGCGAGUGACCGACCGAAUCUUGCAGCUGGUCCCUCAGACACGUGUCUUUCGAGUGGCAUUGCGCGCUGUCAAGCUUUGGGCGCAACGACGUGCCAUAUACGGCAACGUGGUCGGCUUUCCAGGCGGUGUCGCCUACGCUAUGAUGGUGGCUCGGAUCUGUCAGCUCUAUCCCCGCGCCGCCGCUCCGAUGAUCGUUCAAAAGUUCUUCUUCGUCAUUUCGAACUGGCAGUGGCCUCGAGCCAUCACCCUCCAAACACGAGAGAAGGGACCGCUUGCGGAGAAGGAGUGGGAUCCGACGUUGAACAGAUGGGACAAAAUGCAUCUCAUGCCAGUCAUCACUCCUGCAUACCCAUGUAUGAAUUCUACCAUGAGUAUCAUGCCAUCGACCAAGGCUGUCCUUCUCACCGAGCUCAAGCGUGGCCACGACAUCAUGGAAGAGAUCUACGGCGGAAAGAAGCAAUGGAAAGACUUGUUUGUGAAGCAAAAGUUCUUCUCCGAAGCAUACCAGCAUUACAUCUGCGUGAUCACUGCAGGCAAGACGAAGGAAGCACAGCAGGCAUGGUCAGGACUGGUGCAGUCUAGACUGCGCCGCCUUAUUCAGGGCAUCGAGCAGUCAGACGCCGAUAGUGUGGAGUUGGUUCAACCCUUCAACAAAGGCAUUGAUCGUGUUCAUGAGUGCAAGACUGAUGAGGAUCGGGAGAAUACACUUGCUGGCAGCUUGGACUGUCAGAUCGGCCAGACCAAGACGACAGAGCAGUCAGCAGAUGUGAAAGUUGAAGCCGCAGCACAAGGAGAUGCAUCUGCUUUGGAGGUGCCCGCAGCGGCCCAGAACGCCGAGCAGAACGCGGACGGGAUUCAAACUAUCUGGACGACCACUUACUAUCUUGGGAUCAAGCUUGUUGAAGGUAUCUACUCCCUUCCUGAUGAUGUUUUUGCCGACGGCGAGGCCCGACCAACGAAGAAGAAGAAGAAAGUCAAAAGCAAGACUGCGCAGCCCGGCGAGGCUGUGGAUAAGAAGCGCAGCGUCGCCAACGCUGGCCUGGACGAUCCGUGGACGUUUCGGCCGUUCGAGUCGUCCAUCCAGUACAUCUGA